AUGCAGACCAACAAGUCUGCACCAGCUGUUAAUGUAGCUGCCGGUGCUCCUGUCCCAAGGCAGGUAGCUAAGGCUCCUACCAAACCUUCUGCGGCUGUCACGGCUCAGGUUGACAAGGACCAACAGGCUUUCGGUUCUUUGGCCUUCGAAGCUGAACGUGAUAAGGUAGCAGCAGAAGAGGCGGCAAAGAAGAAGGCUGCCACUGAGAAGAGACUGUUGCGACAUCGCGCUGCCCGAUGCACUACCGCACAGUCCAUCUUCAACACCGAGGUGGGCAAGAUCAUGGCCAAGGAAUUCAACGCCGUUGAUUUCCGUGGCCAAUCCUGGGCUGACGAGGUUGAAUUAUCCGAAGAGGAUGUUACUCUUCCCGUCAGAGAUGUAUUUGGUGCUCGAAGGGAGGAGGCUGUCAAGGAGUGUACGAUUCCUCCUUAUGAUGUACGUCUGGAAAUCUGGGAGAAAUUUGUCCAUCUGGAAUUUUCUGAUUGCUUCCCCGGCCCCUUCGAGAUUGCCAUUCCACCAUGGUUUGACUUUCACGAUCUGGUUCUCGAUGGUCUUGACAAGAUCAAAGAGAAUGGGCUGAUUGAUCAAGACCUGGUUCUUCUCUGGAGUACUCAGAGUGGUCGUCCCGUACGCCUUGUUGUUGGUCCGGAUCCUAGCCUCUUUUUCGAUGAUGAAACUCGAGACAAAGAGAAGGUGAACCGAACACGUGGCGUACGAGUACGAACACUCUGGCACCAGAUCGCAGAGUGGCUUUGUACGGUUUACCGUGGUAACCCUAUCUGCUUGGCUGACUUCCUACAAGCGAGGAAUGAUUUGGUGUUACAGUGUGGCAGCCAUAUGCUGGAGUGUUCUGACUAUGUUUUCAAACUCCAGGAGAAAUGGGACCACAUCAAGCUUGACCCACUCCAAUCCUUGCAUGGGGCAGAAUAUGAGAGAGAGAACUGGGAUAUGUGGAUGCCAGAAAUCUACGCCUAUAUCUCUCGUCCCAAUGGCCCUAAUCCUGCGAUGCUGGAGGAGUGGGUUUUGCGUGCUGGAGGGUUGUUCGAAGAACGGCUCACAAUCGCGACCGCCAUCUGGUCUACCUUUGACGCCAUGAGAGCUAUUGACUGGUGGAAUCAGGUGAUGUCAACCUACUCCACUGAGAUAGUUCCCUCCUCUUAA